AUGAAAGGACUUUUCAAGCGUCAGCCACGCAUUCCGGCCGUGCCCGAGCCGGGAGCUAAUACAGCGCCGUCCGAUGCAUACGGUAGUGUGCAUGCAGCGUAUGGAAAUGGUGGCGGCAUGCAUCGCGACCCCUACGGUCCGGCGCCCAUAUCCGGCAAGCAAAAAGGCCCGACGGACGCGGAGCUCCUGGAGGAGUACGGCGCGGGAUCGCAAGCGCAAACAACGCGUCCCUCAUUUGGCACACAGCAGGAAAAGGUGAAGCUCAGUAAGCCAACUACGUACGAACCUUCGGAUCCGUACACACAAGAGUAUGGAUCCGGCUUUGCGCCCAUGGACCCAGAAGAGGAAGAGAUUCAAUCGGUCAAGUACGAGAUCCGCAGUACGAAGCAGGAGAGUCUAAGCAGUACACGCAAUGCACUACGACUUGCUCGGGAGACGGAAGAGACCGCCUCAAACACCAUGGUCAAGCUGGGCGAGCAGGCCGACACCAUUGGCGACACGGAGCGCCACUUGGACAUUGCCAAGGCACAUGCGUCGCGCGCCGAGGACAAUGUGCGCGAGAUCAAGCAGCUGAACAAGUCUAUUUUCCAACCCAAGUUCCGGCGCAACAACCGUGCGAAGCGCGAGGCACAAGAACAGAGCGCGAUCCAGCGGCACAUUACCGAACGGAUGGAUCGCGAGCUGACUCGCGAAGAGGUCGUCACUUCGCAGCGUCGUGUCGAAGAGAGCGUGAAAGGAACGGGCGCGUUUGGCAAGCUGAAAAAUAGACUGCAGGGCGUCGAGCGGAGCGAGCCGCUGGAUCCCAAGGCGCAGCGCGCGCGCUACCAAUUUGAGGCUACGGAGAGUGACGAUGAAAUGGAAGACGAACUGGAUGCGAAUCUUGACGACAUCGCGCAGCUCAGCUCGCGCAUGAAUAUGCUGGGCCGCGCGAUGGGCCAGGAAGUCGAUGCGCAGAACAAGCGUUUGGUGCGUGUGAGCGACAAGACCACGGCGCUGGAUACCAGGAUUUAUGCUGGAACACAGCGUCUAGCAAGUCUCCGCUAA